AUGGUAGAGAAAUGUGGAUAUGGUGUUAGUUCUUCAUGCACAGUACCGAAUUCAAAUGAUGGUCAUGAGUUAUCAGGUAUCAUUUUAAAUUCACCGCCUGUUAAAAAAACGUCUAUUGAAGAAUUUCUAUCAGGGACAUCAACUGUCCCUGGAAUGCACCAGAUACACUGUCGACAUAAAAUACUUCACUUAUCCUGGCAUCCAAAGAAAUUCCUUACGGUAGCUGUAUCAGGCAAUCAGUUGUUUCUUGUUUCAGGUCAGCCAACAUUUAGUGAUACAUUACCUUCACAGAAGGAUUCGAGUCAUUGCUCUUCUUGUUUAUCUAAGUCAACUGACGAUGAGAACAACAUACCUAGUGAACAUUGUGAAGCAAGUUCCACACCUAUAAGAGAUAAGGUUACUUCUAUUUCAUCUCAAAGUUCAGAUGUGAAAGCUGCUAAACGUCGCCGCCGACGUCACCAUCAACUAGAUAGUUCAAAUCCGGUUAAUGCCUUCCCUAACGUAACAGAUAGGAUAGAAAAUCAUGUUUCAGAUAUUGAUGUUCUUCCAGAUGCCUCUGUGGUGUGUGGAAUGGAUUAUGUAACAAAUUACGAAGCGGACCAUGAAGAUAAUUAUGAUGAGCAACAUACCUCUGAAGCGCAACUAGAUUCAAUAAGCUCUGACCCGAACAAUGAAAAUGUCCCAUGUAUAAAUUCCUUGUUUCCAUCAUCGAGAGAAACAUUCUCAACUAAUGUGAACGACGCUUUACAAUGA